AUGACAUCUAAUUUACAAAAUCAACUUGAAACUUCGAAAGUACAAACUCUUAAUUAUAAACUAUAUACAAAUAUAUAAAUUUUAGAAUCUUGGUGUUGCUCUAUUUCAAUGAAUUAAAUCAAAACAUUACUUAUUGCAGGAUGUUCAUAUAAGACUUUAAUAUUUUAAUUUUGUGAUAAUCCAAAAUUAUUAGUAUCUCUAAUUGAAGAAACUUAUAUUGUAAGUUCUAUUUCAUAGAAAGUUUAAUCAAAUUAAGUUUUGAUUGGAAAUUCUAAUGGAACAAUUAAGAUUUUUCAAAAAAAUGGAAUCAAUAAUUGUAGAUAUUUAAUAAAAUCAAAAGAGCAUAAAGGAUUUAUUACUCAAUUAAUUAUAAAUAAAGAUGAAUAACUUUUAAUAUCCAGUAGUAUUGAUGGUAAGAUUAAAUUUUGGAAUUCAACAUAAUUAAUAAAUUGUAUAUAAACUAUUGAUUGUAAUUUAGAUGGAGUUCUCGGAAUAAGUUUAAAUUAAUCUGAAAAUUAAUUAAUAUCAUGUGGAAAAUAACAUAAAAUUGUUGUAAUGUAAAAAUCAAAUAUUAAUCAAUUAUGGUUCAUAUCUCAAGAAAUUCAAGUUUAAUCUUAUGGAUAUAGAUUAAGUUUUAUUUAGGAUAAUGCAUUUACUUAUUAACCAUUUUUUAUUGAGAAAUUAGAAAUAUAUUAAAGUAAUCAAGAAAAUUUAUUAUACAAUAAAAUAAAUGAAGUCAAUGUGAAAAAGUGUUAUAUGGAUUGCUUAUUUCCUUAGAUAUUUAUUAAGAAUAAAUCAUUAUUAAUCAAUAAAAUGGGAAACCUGAUUUAUAUUUUUUAAAUUAAAGACUUAACUGAUAUUGUGUAAGUUUAAAUUAUAGAUUUUAAUACUUAUAAUAUUUAUGGAGCAGUAAGUGAUGAUGGGGACUUUUUAUUUACAUGGGAUGAUAAUACUGAUUUAAUCACUAUUAGAAAAUUAGAAGAAGUUUGA